AUGCCAAGUAAGAGAAGAAGACGAACAUCAUCAAGUCAAAGAAAUACAAAAGUACUUGUGAUGAUGCUGAUGGUUUUGAUGCUUUGGGCAUGUUUUUGGAUUGGAAAUCAGAUGACAUUAUGGAAUCUAUCAGAUUUACCAUUAUAUAAUCUACCACAACAAAAGAUUUUUAUAGCUGCAAAUUUCUAUAAUAAUGAAGAUAUAUUAUAUGAUUUCAAUGAAGAAUUAUUAAAAUUGAUACAAAUAUUAAAACCAGAGAAUGUUUAUGUGUCAAUAUUUGAAAAUGGUAGCAAAGACAAAACAAAGUCACUUCUUUACACUCUUCAAUCCUCUCUUAACCUUUUAGGUGUGGCAAAUACAAUAAUUACUGAUGAUAAUUCCAAACGUUACGAUAGAAGAAUUACUUAUAUGGCUAAUUUAAGAAAUGAAAUCAUAUAUUUUAAUGAUAUAUUAUGGUCAGUGUCAGAUAUUUUAACACUGUUAGAAACAAACAAUUAUAAUUAUGAUGCUGUAUGUGCCAUGGACUACUAUUGGACCUUCCAUAAUACUUUUGCCACACGUGAACUACCUCUUCGUUUUUCCUACUCUUCCGAACCAUCAUCGCUAAAUGUAAGUGACAGUUAUCCUUGGCCUCCGACCUCUUACUAUCCAUACUUCUAUAACCCUACUGUUCAACAACAGAUCUAUAAUGGUGAGCCAGUACAAGUGUUCAGUUGUUGGAAUGGUGUGGUAGUCAUGAAUGCUGAACCUUUUGUGAAACAUAAUGUAAGGUUUCGUGCCUUGAUGCCAUUACUUGAAGAAGGUUUACCAUUUGAGGCAAGUGAAUGUUGUUUGGUGUAUAGUGAUUUUAGAAAAUUGGGUUACAAUAAGAUAUUUAUCAAUCCAAAUGUUAGGGUUUCUUAUAAAUAUCGAUUUUAUAUUUGGUCCAAUUACAUCCUACCAAUCAUAAACAAACUGUUUUUCCAAUACUUAAAUCAUCCAACUCCGCCGUCAAUAUUCUCUGAUGAGGGAUUAAAAAUGCAAGACAUCAUGGUGAACGUAGCAAAGUAUAACAUAUCAGAAUUAGAUAAAAUUUGUUUACAAUAA